UCGAAUUUGAAUAAACUUGAGAACUUGUCUCGGGUCUCACACUUCAAAGUGUUAGAAGCAUCCAGAAGUGCUGAAUGCAAUCCCGUAGAUUGUUACCAGUCCUUAAGGUUCUGUAACGAUGGCUACUCCAUUUCUAGCUGGCCUUGCUGUAGCUGCUGCAGCUCUUGCUGGUAGGUAUGGCAUUCAAGCUUGGCAAGCUUUCAAGGCGCGGCCCCCAAAACCCAGAGCACGUAAAUUCUAUGAAGGUGGUUUCCAGCCAAAUAUGACAAGAAGAGAAGCAGCUCUAAUUUUGGGUAUCAGGGAAAAUGCUACUCCAGACAAGGUGAAGGAAGCACAUAGAAAGGUAAUGGUGGCAAACCAUCCCGAUGCAGGUGGCAGUCAUUAUCUUGCAUCCAAAAUAAAUGAGGCGAAGGACGUAAUGCUCGGAAAGACAAAGGGUGGUGGAUCCGCAUUUUAACAAGCUUGGAACUGUCUUUUUGCUCGGACAUGUCACUACUGAGGUACAUACUACACAGUCUCGUAAUUUUCAACGUUGCACAUAGUAAACUUUCAUCUGUACCUCGACGGAUUGAACUAUGCAUUGUAAUAGUCAGCAAUUUUUCAGGUCACCAGAUGUCCAAUGUCAGUUGAUAUGAACACAUGAUACAUAUCAAUAUCAGCAAUUAUGAAGAUUAAAUCCUAUGCAAUACGCUUGGUAUUGCCAUCUUCGUCUCACCAAAACUUGCCCGCAGGCUAGAGAAAAGGCUGACUUUGCUAUUCACAUCAAGGAGAAUGGUGCGAAGUGUUAGUGUACGUGUCAAAAAUUAAAUAGUUGGAGGAAAGAAAAAUAGAAAAAAAAAAAAAAAAAAGAAAGGAGAAAUAAUGCAUAUGCCUUAACAAAUGUAUCUAUUAAUACCUCUUAAAUUCAGAAAUCGUUUCUUCAAUCUCAUACCCUUAUCAGUUAUCACUAGCAACAUUUUUCAUUCA